AUGGCUGAUAGAGGUAGAGGAGCAAGAGACAACAAUGACCUAAUGGAGCACAGGACUCAAAUUCUAGGGACCUUAGUGCACAACCAAGGCGGAGAGUCGACUGAGUAUCGAGGAUUGCAUGAUCCUCCAAAAUUUGAGGAAGGUUUCAACCCUAAAGGAGCUCAAAGAUGGUUAGCGGAUGUAGAGAAGGUCUUCAAUGCUAUUAAAUGCCGUGAGGAGCACAAGGUGAGCUACGCCACCUACUUGCUGUGUGGGGAGGCAGAAGACUGGUGGAAACAGCAAAUUCCUCAUCUACUAUGGUUGCUUGCCACGUCAUCACCGGCCCAGGUCUCUUGCAGACGGCCGAAAGCGUGGGAUUCAGUGGAUCAUGUGAACAGUGAACUUACAAGUUACAUUACCAGGAAUUGUCAUAUAAAGGUGCACACAAUGCAGCCAUCGCCGCCGUUGUCGGAGAAUCCUGGCUCCGCCGCUGCCCCUGCUGCCUUGCUCGACAGAACUUACCGCGUCUGGAAAGGCAAUAACGUAUUCUGUCUUCGAGGGAGGCUUAUAUUUGGUCCUGAUGUGAAAUCUAUGUUUUUAUCGACUUUUCUUAUUGUUGCUCCGACUUCCGUUUUCUGUGCUUUUGUAUUGAGGAAACUCGUAGAUGGUUUUCCUAAUCACUUGGGAUGGUCAAUAAUGAUAGCAGUUAUUGUUCUCACUCUGUUCGUUCUGAUCACCCUUGUACUGACCUCAGGAAGAGAUCCAGGCAUAGUUCCUCGUAAUGCCCAUCCUCCGGAGCCAGAUGAUGAUCAUGUGACUGCCAAUAUCAAUGAUGGGCAAAGUCCGCAGCCACGCUUGCCACGGACGAGGGAUGUAAUUGUCAAUGGAAUAACAGUGAAAGUCAAAUACUGUGAUACGUGCAUGCUCUAUAGACCCCUCCGCUGUUCUCAUUGUUCAAUCUGUGAUAACUGCGUGGAGCGAUUUGAUCAUCACUGCCCAUGGGUGGGUCAGUGUAUUGGGGUGCGAAAUUACCGGUUCUACUACCUUUUUAUUUUUUCCACAACUCUGCUUUGCUUAAAUGUACAUGGAUUUUGCUGGGUCUACAUUAAGAAGAUCAUGGACUCGGAGGAAAAAUCAAUUUUGAAAGCAAUGAUCGGAACUCCUGCAUCCACUGCACUAAUAGCCUACACCUUCAUUUGCGUAUGGUUUGUUGGCGGCCUCACUGUUUUUCACACAUAUCUCAUCAGCACAAACCAGUCUACUUACGAAAAUUUUAGAUACCAGUUUGACGAAGACGGCUACCCAUAUGACAGAGGUAUAGUUGGGAACUUCAAAGAAGUAUUCUGCACUAGCAUUCCUCCAUCCAGGCACAAUUUCAGGUCUAAGGUUCCGAGGGAGCCAGUAGUAGAUUCAUAUCAAGAAAUGGGUAUUCGGUCCCGGAGCCCAAUGAGGAGAAGCAGCACCAGGAUUAUGGAAUUAGCAGGGAGGCCAGUUCACAGUGGGUCAGACGAGGAGGAAAAAGAUUAUAGAGAUGGGUUUCACGAUGGGGGAGAUAGCAAAUAUAGUGGAUUGAAUCUACAAACGGAAGGAGGGGAGGGAAAUGAAAUUUCACCUGGUAAGCGUCCUAUGGGAGGAAGACCCGGCGGAAAGUGCUAUAUACCUCCAGAAGUUGGGGAAUCAAGUGAGAGUGCGAGUGAGAGUAGUAGUGGAUCUAACUCAAAGGGGCUGCAUAUUGCAUAG